CAGCGCCUCUGCACUGGGGCUGCCAAGGUUCCAGGAAGAGGCAGGACUGCCCGGCCCAGCCUUGGAGGAAGACUUCUGGGCAGAAGCGGAACACAGGAGCAGAGACACAUAGUCUUGGCUCCAGUUUCGUCUCAGUUAUGCCCACCCUUUCAGUGUUCAUGGAUGUGCCCCUCGCCCACAAGCUAGAGGGCAGCUUGUUAAAGACCUACAAACAAGAUGAUUACCCGAACAAGAUAUUCUUAGCCUAUAGAGUCUGCAUGACAAAUGAAGGCCAUCCCUGGGUUUCUCUCGUGGUGCAGAAGACUCGACUACAGAUUUCACAGGAUCCCUCCCUGAAUUAUGAGUACUUGCCCACCAUGGGCCUGAAAUCAUUCAUCCAGGCCUCUCUAGCACUCCUCUUUGGAAAGCACAGCCAAGCCAUUGUGGAGAACAGGGUAGGGGGUGUACACACUGUUGGUGACAGUGGUGCCUUCCAGCUUGGCAUCCAGUUUCUCAGAGCUUGGCAUAAGGAUGCUCGUAUAGUUUACAUCAUCUCUUCUCAAAAAGAACUGCAUGGACUCAUCUUCCAGGACAUGGGCUUUACAGUUUAUGAAUACUCUGUCUGGGACCCCAAGAAGCUAUGCAUGGACCCCGACAUACUCCUCAAUGUGGUGGAGAUCCCACAUGGCUGUGUCCUUGUGAUGGGGAACAUUAUCGACUGCAAGUUGACACCAAGUGGGUGGGCAAAGUUGAUGUCCAUGAUAAAGAGCAAGCAGAUAUUCCCAUUUUUUGAUAUUCCCUGUCAAGGUUUAUACACCAGUGACUUGGAAGAAGAUACUAGAAUCUUACAAUACUUUGUGUCUCAAGGCUUUGAGUUCUUCUGCAGCCAGUCUCUGUCCAAGAAUUUUGGCAUUUAUGAUGAAGGAGUGGGGAUCCUAGCGGUGGUGGCAGUCAACAACCAGCAGCUGCUGUGUGUCCUCUCCCAGCUGGAAGGAUUAGCCCAGGCCCUGUGGCUAAACCCCCCCAACAUGGGUGCACGCAUCAUCACCUCCAUCCUCUGCAACCCUGCUCUGCUGGGAGAAUGGAAGCAGAAUCUAAAAGAAGUUGUAGAGAACAUCAUGCUAACCAAGGAAAAAGUGAAGGAGAAACUCCGGCUCCUGGGAACCCCUGGGUCCUGGGGUCACAUCACCGAGCAGAGUGGGACCCACGGCUAUCUUGGACUCAACUCCCAGCAGGUGGAAUACCUGGUCAGGAAGAAGCACAUCUAUAUCCCCAAGAACGGUCAGAUUAACUUCAGCUGCAUCAAUGCCAACAACAUAAAUUACAUCACUGAGAGCAUCAAUGAGGCUGUCCUCCUCACAGAGAGCUCAGAGAUGUGUCUUCCAAAGGAAAAAAAACCCUGAUUGGAAUAAAACUUUAGUCUUUGCAAAAA